AUGGAGGGUACGAGCGUUUCCGUAAUAGUCUUAUAUGAGGCCUACUAUGGUAUGAACCACGUGGACCUGUUCAAUGUUCCGUCAUUUGAGGAGUAUUACGAGUAUUAUGAUGUAGAUGGUACCCCUGUGCUUGAAAUAUUGAUAUUCCACGGGUGUAAUUAUCUGGAAAGCACUAUUCCGUUGAUUGUAUGGUUAUUGCAGGAGGAUUACUGCGUGCACAGUCCUGAUGUGUCUGGAUUUGGAAUGUAUCGGCCUUUAAGAAGCGAAAUUGUUCGCAUUUUAGGACUCUCCCUCAGCAAGAACGAUAUGAAGGGUCUGAACUUCGAGGCCCAAGAUUUCAGCCUUUAUUCUACGAAGGACACUGCUGUCUCGGACUGGUAA